CUACUAAUUCAAACUAGUAGUAGUUUUUCCCUUGGUUAGGACGGUGCUAACUAUUGUACAAUUAGCACCGUAGCCGUUCCCAUUGAUCCUCUUGCCUUGUCAUCCUUUGGUGAAAUGAAAUGUCAUUGUCUACCUAGUAUCAACAAAAAGUGGCAAAAUUGCUAUUGUCUUACUAAUUUGUGAGGAACUUAAUAUAAAUGGUAGUCAACUUUCUUAUUGACUAGUUGGAGAAUAACUGAUGCGGGUCAACCCAUAACUCAAUCGCACCCAUCCGCUCCCCACCCAAACCCCAAAGAAGAAUAUAGAUAGAUAACAAUCUACAUACCAACUAACUAGUAAGUGGAUGGACCAAUUUGAAACCAAACAUCGCCCAACCCGCUUAUUGGCCACCCUAACCGGAGUACCAGAUCAUCCAUCUCACGGGCUACUCCCGGUUUACGUUUGCGUUGAAUAAACUGCAUUCCAGGCUGGGCUCAUAACAUAAAACAUACACAGAUAGGCUCAAUAACCUUCUAAACCGGUCUUGGCCAAUAAGCCCAAUAAAAGGAAUACUGCGGCCCAAACCUUUGUCUGCCUCCAUCUCGGCCAUUUCGCAAUCCAGCCGCUUCUUUUUCUCACUCCCAAAGCACAUACCGUCACCGAUUGUGAGCUUGUGACCUUCCAAGGAAGAGUAAAUUGCGCCUACUGCGCUCCAUUUUUUCUUAAUCCCUACUCACCGCCGAUAGCUUCAUGCCUCUCAAGGCGAUCACUUCCCGGCAUUCGCCAUUGAUUAUUGGAACAUCGUGGCUGAUACAUAAAUUUAAAAAAAUUCUCAUGAAAUGGCGCUGGAUGGUAGCAGAUGACCACCCUCUCAUCAUUCACUCGGCAACCUUUCAAGGUUCGAGACUUCGCAAUCGCAUCCAUUACCAACCUUUGGUUUCACACUCAAGGUGGAUCGCCUCGCCGGAUAGGAAGGAUUUAAUAAUGAUAAAGAACCAAGAGGAAGAGGCUUGGUUUGUUAAACUCGCGUCGAAGCUCUUCUUCUUCUUCUUCUUCUUCUUCAAUUCGCGUUCUCCGUCUUCCUCUUUGGCGUAUCUUCGUGGGAAGUUGACCCCUUAGAUUGUGUUCGAGGUGAUUAAGAAGUUUGAGCACGACCCCGAAGUAGGGUUUAAGUUCUUGGAGUUUAGUAGGCCGAAUUUGAGUUUAAUUGACUGCGUUGGUACGUAUAAUUGGAUGAUAAGGUCAUUUUGUCAAACUGGAAUGCUUGAUAUGGCGGAAGUUUUGUAUCAUUACAUGAGGAGAGAUGGGUAUUUGCCUCAUGGUAUCUUUCGUGGUUUAUGGUAACUGAAUUCGUUCGAGCUCGAAGAUUUGAUCUCACCAGUAGUUUACUCCCUGAGCUGAGGGGUUGGGUUUUCAGAUUAGUGCAUUUGUGUAUAACAACCUGUUGAAUGAACUGGUUAAGUCAAGAAUCAAGUGCAGGAAGCUGUCAUUUUGUUGAAAGGGUUUCUGGCAUUGCAGUCUAGUCACGAUACUUGGACUUUCAAUAUUCUUAUCCGAGGUCUUUGUAGAGUAAGGGAGUUUGAUAAAGCAUUCAAGUUUUUGAACGAUAUGCAGAGCUUUGGUUGUUUUCCUGAUAUUCUUACUUAGGGGUCGUUAGGAAGUUGAGAUUCUUCAAAUAUGUGUAUUUGAUGAUACAUCUAUUAUAAAUACAAGGAUUGUAAGAAUAAGAUGAUUGGAAGAAUGUCUUGUUUGGUUAUAGCCAUUCAAACAUUUUAAAGAAAAGAAAAAAUCACUUUAUGAAGUGAAACAAAUUAAAGCCAACAAUCUCAAAGGAAGAAUCUCACCUUUUUGUUGAGAUUUAAAAUGAGUGAUUGUGGGUGAUAUGAGAUUUGAGGGCCCACCUCAAAUACAUGUAUUGAAUAAAGUUUUGGAACAAAAAAACGAUGGAUUCUCCAGAAUACAUGAAUUCAAAGAAUCAUUCAUCUAGAAUCAUAACUUCCAAACAACCCCUAAGGGGCCGUGGGUUAUUGGAGGAGCUUCAAUCUAGAAAUGACUGCUCCCCAAAUAUCGUCUCUUACACUUCAGUUAUAUCAGCGCUUUACAAAUCAGGGCAGAUGGAGAAUGCUUAUGGGUUCGUUUGGUUUUGGUGACAGUAUAAAUCAAUGCAUUGUGGUCAAUGCAUGCAUUGUAAAUACAUGUAAUUAAAGAAAAUGAUGUAAUUUGCUUUACAUUGUUUGGUUUUGGUGAUAGUUUUUUAGUAUUCAAUAUGUUAUCUUACUUUUUGUGAGAAAUAUCACUUUUUCCCUUGUUUUUAUGAGAACAUAUAUAUAACUAGGGGUAUAUUUGGAACAAAAUAUGAACCCAACAAUCUCCUCAAAACUAUCUCAACAAUCUCAAGUUUUACUAGAGAUAGUACGGUCACUCAUUUUGAGUGAUAGUUUUCAUCACAUCAAGCAAACAAUGCAUGUAUUGUUUGUGCAGAAAAUUCAAAAAAACCAAUGCAUUGUAGACAAUACAUGCAUUGUAACUAUCCCAACCAAACAAUCACCAAAACCAAACAACCCCAUAUUCUUUUCUAGGAGAUGAUUAGAACUAGAGUUAAGCCUAGCUUAAUCACUUUUAACAUUCUAAUUGAUGGAUAUGGCAAGAACGGUGACAUGGUUGCAGCAGAAGCCAUCUAUGAAAAGAUGGGCCAUUUCAGUUGCUCUCCUGAUGUGGUUACCUUCACUUCCUUGAUUGAUGGUUAUUGUCGAAGUGGACAAGUGAACUUGGGUUUGAAGCUUUGGGAUGUGAUGAGAGAUAUAAAUAUGAUACCCAAUGCUUACACAUUGUCCAUUCCUAUUAAUGCUCUUUGCAAAGAGAAUAGACAUCAUGAGGCUCGUGGGUUUUUGAAUGAGCUGAAUUCUUAUAACAUCGUAGCACACCCAUUCAUUUAUAAUCCGGUUAUUGAUGGGUUUUGUAAGGUGGGAAAUUUGGGAUAAAUUGCAAGAUUGGUCACUGAGAUUACAAAAAAGGUUCAUGUUUAGUCACUAUAAAUAUUUAAUUUCAUUUGUGGUCACUAAGUUUAGUAAAACAGUCCAAAUUUGGUCACUCUCCUUUAGUUUCCGUUCGUCUCCGUUAACUAAGUCCGUUAUUUGCUAACGUGGCUAACAGAAUGGUCUAGUCAGCCUAAUUUAACCCGAAAAUGAUAAAACCCUACCCGCCAUGUAACCUUGUCCAGCCUAACCCUUGAACCAGUAAGCCCUAUGAACCGGCCCACUCAAACAAAAUAACUUUUAUCCCAUUUUUAUUUCCAUAUCAUUUAUCCAUCUUCUCUACUUUUUGUUCUUUUUUCUUCCCAUAUCUGAUGCCCAGAACACCCAAAAAAAACCCCAAAAUUCAAAAUCCUGUUUCCCCAAACCCAAUCCAGACGAGAAUCUCACCCACUUCAUUUUGUUAAACCCAAUGUCGGCGACAAUCUAGGCCACCGAAUCCUGACGGCAAUCCCAUCUUUUCUUCUUCAUCUAUGGGGGGUUUUGGGUUUCUUCAGCGGCGUACAUAAAUGUGAGGAGAGGCGUUGACCAGACCAUUGUUGUUAUUCUUCCCACUCUCUAUCGUUGCCCUCCACUCAACAACCAGCUCCCGAUCCAUAACUACCGCGAGCACCAGCCCCAAAUCUCUCCACCAGGUAGAUCUGAAAUCCCGCUAAUAAAUGGCGAUGUAGGCGACAUCCUCCCCAGCAGGAACACGAUUUUGGGUGAUGUUCUUCUUUUCUUCGCCUUUUUUGAAGCUUCCAAGAAACCCAGAUCCCAAAAUCAUUCAAUGUGUUAGUGAUGAUUCGCGGUAUCAAGCUGGCGAGCUCCCGACUCUCACCACCGCACGUCGAAUCAAGAUCCGACAAUAAUGUCUACGUACCAGAUGCAGAGGUGAAAGGAUGAUGGGUGCUUCCUCUUUGGCUCAAAGCAUCAAAUGGAAUAAAUCGUUGCCGGAGUUGAGAGCAGUGGCAUUCGAUUCUUGAUGGUUUCUCGAUGAGAAUGGCGCGGGAGCUCCGGGAAGUUUGUAGCAUGGCAGCGAGUGCUCCACAAAGGCGCCAGCGGCGAGCUCCUCAAUGACCGAUCAAUCCAGCCGCACAAGUUGAAAGCAGAGCAGGAGAUGAUGCAGGGGAAGUCGGUGGCGAAUCGGGAUCGUACGGUGGAGCUAUUGCCAAAGAAAUUGGCUGAUUAUAUGGGCUUUGGGUUGGGUUAUGUGUUGGGUUAUAAUUUAUAUGACGUGGCGGGUUUAGAUGAUGUGGCGGUCCGGGUUUCAAUUUUUCAUGGUUGAAAUUGGCUUAUUAGGCGAGUCUGUUAGCCAUGUCAGCAAAAAACUGACGGUGCUAACGGAGACUAACGGAGAGUGACUAAAUUUGGACUGUUUUACUAAAUCUAGUGACCAUGAAUGGAAUUAAAUAUUUUUAGUGACCAAACAUGAACCUUUUUUGUAAUUCUAGUGACCAACCUUGCAAUUUACCCGGAAAUUUGGAUGAGGCGAAUAUCAUUGUGGAAGAGAUGGAAAAGAAGAAGUGUAUUCCUAACAAAGUAUGUUUACUAUACUCAUUGUUGGUCACUGUAUGAAAGGUAGAAUGGCUGAUGCAAUCGGUAUUCUCAAUAAGAUGUUGACCAUCGGUUGUACUCCAGAUAGCAUUAUCAUAAGUUCGUUGACGUCUUGCCUUUUGAAAGAUGGGAUGGCUAGUGAAGCGUUUCGAGUAAAGCACAUGCUAGUGGAAGACCUCAACUUUUGGUGAUCAAGUUGUCGGAAAAUUAGCCCUAUAGUUAGAUAUAGAGAUAUCUCUAUGGCAGCUUGAGAAGAUGGGCUGCAACCUGUAAUUAUACAUUGAAUUAGCUUAUGGACCCUUUGAUGAAACCUUGAUCCUUCUACUAGAUGCCCUUAUUGGCAUACAAAUUCAGGAAGAGCAGGUACCUUUGUCCCAUCUGUAAAACCUUUUUCACUUCGAGAAAGUAAAUUUUGCAGUUUAGCAUAAUUCUCAUUGUUGUUGAUUCUGACUUCUUUAGGCAUUUGGGUCUGUCUUUAACCUUUACAUAUAUAGCGAGCUUAUCAUUGAUGGCCAUCUUUCUUUUUUUUUUGUUGAUGAUUAGACAUUGAUUGAGUAUAUAUUCUGUGGAUGGUGAACUGAACUGAUUAACACACACGCUUUACACUCUGACGGUAGGCUACAUUCUAGAUCCUGUACUCAAGUCUGUCAAGGUUCGUGGGAGGAUAUGUUACACCCCGAUCUUUAUAAGGGUCAAAAUGACUAUUUUACCCUUGGUUUAUCUUGUCAAGUUCCACCGUAGUAUUGGUGAGGAUUAAAAACGUGAAGUACUGGUUCGAACAGGGCCAAAUUUCGAUGUAAAACGACGAAGUUAUGGACGUUGGUUGAUUUCUUUAAGUUCGAACCAAGACCCAAUUAGAAAUCUGAGCCGAGUGGGUCUGGUUUUGGAUUUGUGGGCUUCCAGGUGAGGAGGUUAAAACGAAUUGGGCUUAAGCUCGUUAUAAGAAUUGAUGAAUAAGGUUGGCUUUGGGCCGGGAAAGAAAAGAAGAGGAGGUAAUGGUGGCGGGCUAGUGGCCCGAGUUGAGAAGAGAGAAGGAGAAGAGGAGUGGGCUUAGCCCGCAACGAGGGAAGGAGAGGGGGAUGGGCUGGCCUGCUGGCCCGGACGAAUGAAGAAGGAUGCAGGUCUUUGGCCCGAGUGAGAGAGAGUGGGGGAAAGGGCGGUGGCCCAAAAGAGGAAGAGGAUUCACUCUCCUCUGGGCAAAGUCGACCGGCGCAGAAGGGAGGCGGAGCGGCGGUGAAGCAGAAGCGAAGCUCACCGGGAAAACGGAUGUAACGGAAAUAUCUAAGUUGAGGCUUUUAAUUGGGGGAUUUAAGGAUUUUAUUGUCUAGAAAAGGGAAUGGAUUGGUUCCCUCAUCAACAAAAACAGACGUGAGGAAAGAAGAGGGAGAGAGGCGAGAGAAACGAGCCGGGGAAACAGAGAAUGAGUUGAGGAGAGGAGCACGGUGGUUGUCUCGCUGGUCUAGGCCCGAAAUUGGAAUGAAGAGGACGACGCGGUCCCUGAAGAGAGGAGGAAGGCGGGCGAUCCGAGGACGUGCGAGGGGUCUCGAGAACGCAGCGGCGAUGAUGAAUCUCGAUGUUUACGUCGAAGUUCGCGUCAAUCCCGGCGUCGGUAAGGGGAUUAAUGAAGCAGGGGAAACGGAGAGGAUGCAGGUCUACCCUCCAAAACGACCAGGGGUGUUCGCGAUCCGUCAUUGGCCUCCGAACUGUGGGCUGAGGAGGGACGGUCGAGUUACCACCGGCGACGGCGGAGCUUUACUAGCGGCGACUUCCUGGGAGUUGCUGCCGGGGGAAGAGGAAGAGGAACCGUAGGAGUGCGACUGUUGUGGGUUCGAAGAUGGCGAGAAGGACGACGGCGUCGGUGGCCGAAGCCGCAACGUCGACGGCGGCGACUGUGUGCAGGUGAGAGUUCUCCUGCUUUAUUGGAAUUCCAUGGCAUCAAUUUGAAAAUUUGAUGAAUAGUUAGGGGCGUACAUGUCUUUUUGGAGUUGGGGCGAUUUUGUAAACGUUUGGAAGUUUAGGCGCCGUAAAGUAAUUGACCAGGCCUUGGGUGAGUUGGAAAUUGGUAAAUCUUUGGGUAUCGGAUUGGAAAUAAGCCGUUUGGACUAAAAUGUUUAAAUUAGAAAGUGGAAAUUGGUGUGGAGGACUGAAUUGAGCAAUUCUGGAAAUUUGGGGCCGAAUUGGUAAGACCCAGGGAUUUUGGAGUACCAUUUGGUAAUUUGCUAUUUUGGGGCAAAAAGGUAAUUUUCCAGAAUUUCAUGGGGAAUUCUAUGAAAGGUUAAAUGAAGGAAAUUGGGAUUGGAAUCAACCAAAUUUGAGGUCGUUUGAUUGGUUACGCUUGUGGAAAGGAAUAUUAAGUUUUGCCUAAAUACUUAAUAGGAGAAUUUGCAAAAGGAGAUGAUUGAGCGUGGAGUCUCGAACGAUGGCAUGGAUCAACCGGCAAUAAAGAGGGGUCGUUUUGAUCGAUCAGGGUCGGCUAAUAAGGUGAGUGUAAAGGGGGUAAAAUCUCCGUCGAGGUCUUUUAGUUUAUGCCUUUUUAAUUCAGUUAUGUUAUUUAAUUUUCAAGUAAGCGCGAUUAUGUGUGUGAGGCAUCCCACCGCCUGUAAGGGUGGAGGCACGCGCUGUGCUACGUAUGUGUGUGUUUAUGAUGUAUGGAUUGAUGGUAAUUGAACCCCCGGGCGGUUGGGCCACUACUGGACGCGGUAGAUGGUCGGGUCACUACUGGACGGCGAUACGUAACGCAGUAGCUGACCGGGCAUGGACUGGACGGUGAUACGUAACGCAGUACCAUUGCCUUGAGGAUAGGGACACCGGAUGGCGAUACGUAACGUGGUGAUUCCCUAGUAAUAAGUAUAUAAGUUAAGGUAGUAGUAGAGAACUUUUAUGAUUUAAGGAUAAAAGUUGAGAACCUCUAUGAGUUAAAGUUGAAAUGAGUUGUUAAGGACGAAAGUGAGAACGACUUUCAUCUAAGGAAAGGAAACGCUAAUAACGUGUUUAAGUAAGGAGAUUCCUAAGGGAAGAGACCGUAGGAGGUAACGACGAGACUGACCCCUUCUCACUCACCAGGUUGAGGAAGGGAUAGCAGAGGUGAAUCCCGAGAAGAAGGAGUAAGACAGGGCAAGCUGUCACACCAGUAUGGACGAGACCUCAGGGAAUCAACAAGGAGUUAGUGCCAUAGUUAAUUUCGUUGUUUGGUUCAUGAUUAUGAGUUUAUGUACUGGAGAUUCAAGGUUCAAUAUGCUGGGUUAAGUUGUUUAAGUAUUUGGAUUUUUAUUGCCCAAGUGUUAGGGCUUUUCAUUUGAACUUCUUAAAUAAUGUCAGUUUGUUUAUUUAGAAAGUGGGUUGGUUACUCCGGAGUAACCGGUUUUCGGUUUGAGUUAUGGUUUGGUUUUUUGAAAAAGAUCGGGACGUUACAUUUUGGUAUCAGAGCCUGCACUCCUCUGUUUCUUGGUCUCCAAGGAAUACUGGAGUGACGAUCUGAGUUUUUCAAGGUUUCAUUUUUUUAAGGAACGGGAAAAGGAUUUCAGAUUUAUUGUUUGGCCAAGCGAGUCAAGGGUCUUUUAAGGAUUUUUAGAAUAUCCAGUAUACUGUAAUCAUGACUAGGAGCUAACUCUAUUUGGCCAGCGUGGUGAUGACAUGUGUCAGAAAAGGGAAAUAGCAAUUUCCUAAGAGGUUUGUUUUGGUGCAAACUUUGACAUGAGUGUUAAAAGGGGGUUCAAGGAGUCCGGCGACAAGUGUUGGAAAAGAGGAGUCAUUCAACGAAAUAGACGAGGUAAGGAACG